AUGGGUUAUCCUCUCAAUAGAUUCACAAAAUCCCAUGAAACCAUUUUGAGGAAGCGCAGGAAGAUCCCCCAGAGUCGAUCCAGGUCCUCUCUGGUAACAAGGCGGUCUGUGAGGGAGACAAAGCAUCUGGAACUGUUGGUUGUGGUGAUGCACGAUGUGUACAACUUUCAUAAACAGGACACAGAGCGCUAUAUUCUCACCAAUCUGAACAUUGCCGCUGAGCUCCUACGAGACGCUUCCCUGGGUGCCCAACUACGUGUCCACCUAACGAAGAUGGUUAUCCUGACUCAGCCUGAGCUGGGACUGGAGAUCACUAGAAACCUCACCUCAUCACUCAUUGACUUGUGCAGAUGGAGCCGAACAGUUAACCCAGAGAACGACUCCGAACCACUCCAUGCUGACCUGGUCCUCUAUGUUACCAGGUUUGACCUAGAAUCUGGCAAUGGGAAUAAGAUGGUUCGUGGUGUGACUCAGCUGGGGGGAUUGUGCAGCCGGUCAUGGAGCUGCGUCAUAACUGAGGACACAGGGUUCAAUCUCGGCAUCACCAUGGCUCAUGAGAUUGGUCACAGUUUCGGCAUCGGUCACGAUGGGACUGGAAACAACUGUGUAGACAAAACACACAUCAUGGCAGCAGAGGGUGGCUACAACAGCAUUGAUCUGACCUGGUCUGAGUGCAGUCGGGAGCAGUUUGUAAAGUUCCUCAGCACCAGCCAAGCAACUUGCUUGAAUGAUCUGCCAGCAACAGAGUCCGAUCUUUCUGGUCAGAAACCAGGCCUGUUCUAUGGGGUAGAUGACCAAUGCAAGAUAGCCUUUGGAGACAAGGCAUCUGCCUGCACUUUCAGCAGACACGACAUUGAUGUGUGCAAUGUUCUAUCAUGUCACACAGAUACAGCAGAUCCGACCAUGUGCACCCGUUUGUAUAUUCCCCUCCUGGAUGGCACAGAGUGCGGCACCAACAAGUGGUGUUUGAAAAGGAGCUGCACAUCUCUUGGGGACCUGGAUGUGAUUGGAGUUGUUCAUGGAUCCUGGUCUAGUUGGAGUCCGUUCAGCAGCUGUUCACGAAGCUGUGGUGGAGGGGUUAUUCUCCGACACAGAUACUGUAACAAUCCAAGACCUGCUUUCGGUGGCCGUAAAUGCGAGGGAGUGGAUAUGGAGGCCAUCAUGUGCAACACACAGCCCUGCCAGGGAACUCAGUUGGAUUUUAUGGCUACACAGUGUUCUGACACCAAUUCUCAGCCUCUCUACCAAUCCUCCAGUGUUCCAGUUUACUACAAGUGGUUGCCUGCCCUUGGCUAUGCAAAAGGUAAUGUGCUGUGUAAGCACUUGUGUCGAGCAGAAGGAAAAAGUUUCAUGGUGAGCCGAGGGGACAGUUUUGUGGAUGGGACCAGGUGUGAGAUAAGUGAUCCAGAGACAGCACCAUCGUAUAAACUGUGUGUCACAGGACGUUGUAGGAUAUUUGGCUGUGAUGGAAAGUUGGAUUCUGGCCAGAUACUGGACAAUUGUCGGGUGUGUGGAGGCAAUAAUUCCAGCUGCCGAGAACUAGUCGGCUCCUACAAGAAGGGUAUCCCCAGAGCUUAUGUCACUUUUCUCACAGUCCCACCUCGGUCUACAAGUGUUCGAGUCUCCAACACCCAGGCUGUGUUCUCCCAUCUUGGGGUUAAGAUUAAAGGUCAGUACAUUGUGGCCGGGACCCAGAAAAUUUCACUCAAUGUCUCGUACCCGAGCAGCCUGGAGGACAACAAGAUCGAGUACCGGCUGUACCUGACACAACAGAAACUACCGGACACAGAGGAGAUUGUCAUUGAUGGACCCACCAGUGACACCAUUGAAAUACAGGUAUUCCGGAAAUAUGGAGAGCAAUACGGAGAUAUUGUAAGUCCCAAAAUCAGCUACAGUCUGUACAUCCCGAAGCAGAAUGAGUCGUACGUUUGGCAAGAGGUUACUGAUGCCUGUUCAACCAGCUGUGGGCCAGGAACUGUGACGGUCCGUUAUGUCUGUGCUGAUCGCCGCUCUGAGGAAGUUGUGGAACAACAGCAUUGCUUGCAGUCAGAUAGACCCACCGAUAGGCUGGAGUCUUGUAACAUUGCACCAUGCCCUCCAUGGUGGGAAGUAGGGGAGUUCGGUGAGUGCAGUGUUACCUGUGGUGGAGGUCUGCGAGAAAGGGCUGUUCACUGUGUGAAGCAAGAGGCACUUGAGAGACAACAGACAUCUGAUACAGAGUGUGCAGUUACUGCCAGACCCCGAUCAGUGGAAAUGUGUAAUAGCCAGCCCUGCCCUGUCAGGUGGACAGUUUCGAAUUGGAGUAUCUGUUCUACAUCCUGUGGAGUUGGAGUUGCUGAGAGGUCAGUGACCUGUGUCCAGUCUGUUAAUGGGACAGAUAUGGAAGUGAACGUGACACUGUGUCCAGCAAAAGCACAGCCUCCUGGGGUUACACCUUGUAUUGUGAGCAUCUGUCCCUUUGAACUGGAGCAGAUGCCCUGGUAUCCAAACAAUUGGGGAAAGAGACUGGAAACGUCACAAAUGCCACAGCCAUUCCGGACUCUCCAAGUGAGAGGCGCAUGUACCUUUGGGUUCCGAUACUGGGGCCCUGUUCCACGAGCUGUGGAGAAGGUGAAAGUAACAACAUUCACACUGCACUGA